GAUGAAACAAAAGAUGAGCAGUUUGAAGAAUACGUUCAAAAUUUCAAACGGCAAGAGGCAGAGGGUUCCAGGCUCCAGAGAGAACUGAGAGGCUAUUUAGCAGCCAUCAAAGGAAUGCAAGAUGCCUCAAAGAAGCUUACAGAGUCUCUUCAUGAAGUGUAUGAGCCAGAUUGGUACGGACGCGAAGAUGUGAAAAUGAUCGGAGAGAAAUGUGAUGAACUUUGGGAAGACUUCCAUCAAAAACUGGUGGAUGGGUCCUUGUUGACUUUGGAUACAUAUCUAGGACAAUUUCCUGAUAUCAAAACUCGCAUUGCAAAACGAAGCAGAAAGCUAGUGGACUACGACAGUGCAAGACAUCAUCUAGAAGCCCUGCAGAGCUCAAAAAGGAAAGACGAAGGCAGAAUUACCAAGGCAGAAGAAGAAUUUCAGAAAGCACAGAAAGUGUUUGAAGAGUUUAACACCGAUUUACAAGAAGAGUUGCCAUCUCUGUGGUCACGACGAGUUGGCUUCUAUGUGAACACCUUCAAAAAUGUAUCCAGCCUCGAAGCCAAGUUUCACAAGGAAAUAGCUUUACUAUGUCACAAACUAUAUGAAGUGAUGACGAAGCUGGGAGAUCAGCACGCUGACAAGGCCUUCACCAUUCAAGGGGCACCAAGAAAGAGGUGUGACUCAGGUCCGCUCCGCAUUGCAAAAACACCGUCACCACCAGAGGAGGUCUCUCCCCUGCCCAGCCCUACUGCUAGUCCCAAUCAUAUGCUGGCACCAGCAUCUCCAGCACCAGCCCGACCUAAGUCACCGACACAGCUGAGGAAAGGUCCACCAGUCCCACCACUGCCUAAACUCACUCCCACCAAGGAGUUGCAGCAGGAGAACAUCAUUAACUUCUUUGAUGACAACUUUGUCCCAGAAAUCAAUGUGACAACCCCAUCACAGAAUGAAGUUCCUGAAGCUAAAAAAGAAGAAUCUUUGCUAGAUUUGGACUUCGACCCUUUCAAGCCAGAAGUUGUAUCAACAGGAGUCACUCAUUCACCCAUGUCUCAGACAUUGCCAUGGGAUCUAUGGACGACAAGCAGCGAAUUGGUGCAGCCGCCUGAUUCUUCAAAAAGUCUUUCCCUGUGUAACCUGGUCAUGGAGGAAACCCCAAACAGUGGGUCAUCAGAAGAUAUUAACAGAUCUCAAAGUGAUCUAGGUUCACUCAACUGGGGCCUAGAUGUUAGCACAUCCAGUGUCAGCCAGGAAAUUACUGCAGGCGGUUCUUUGCUUUUACCUGGGGCAGAGCAAACCUCAAGCGAAUCCACGGGUGCUCUGCCUGCUAGUGUUUGGCCUGCUGUAGGAGAGCAGGAGGAUGCUGCACCAGGGUCAGCUUCUGUAAGUGAAAACCAGAGGACUUCACUGGAGGACCAGUUGGAUGCCAAAACUGUCCCACGGGAAGAUGUGGUGACCAAUCAGCCUUUAGAGAACGUAACCAGUUUUGAGACACCCAUCCUGGGGACUGAUAGCUUGUUGGAUGAAACCCACCCAUGUGAUGUGCAAAAGGCAGAGGAAGAGCGGGAGGAAGACGAGUGGGCAGGUGUCGAGCCAAGUGAAAAGGUAGAGACUCAAGCUAUUCACUACAAGGAGGUAGAAGGUACAGAGGAACUGGAAGAGCGAGAUUGUGAAACCAAAGGAAACAGUGAGGCAGAGCUUCAUAAGAGUUUAGCAAAAUCAGAUCUUGACAUUUUAGCCAGCACAGAGGUAGAAGAUUUGCAAGAGUUGGAAGAGAAUGAUGGGGAUGCUGGGAGAGCUAGAGGUGCUAACCUAGAAAGCCCUAGGGAAGAAGUCAAAUGGGUCAAUGUCAUUGAGGAGACAGUUGGAGAAAUACCAUUGUUGAGCACAGGGCUGGAAGGUGGGGACACAAUAGUAGAGAGCAACUGUAAAACUACAGAAAGCACUGACACUGAACCUGAGAAAGUCUUUGGUAUCUGGGAUCAGGACCAUGAAAGGACAUUUGGGGAUGGCUUAGACCAAACUGACAGUGGUGCUGGAGAGAGUACAUCCAUGGAGUGUACAAACAUGACAGAAUGUGUUGACCUAGAGGUAACUGACCACACAGAAAAGGAUCCUACAGAUACUGGAAAUGUUCUGUGUGAUGCUGAAUUACUCAGUGCAGAAGAGUCUGGUAAAGGAAACGAAGACAAUAGCAUCAGCCUGCUCCCAAAUGGUAGUGCUGUGGCUGAAAGUAAAGCUACUGCUGAAGAAGCAUGGGCAUUGCUGCCCGAGACAGCUGACGCUGCUAGCACAAGCUGUGGUAAUCCUUGCCUAGGUAAUGCAGAAGACCAAGUGACAGGUAGGGCAUCAGCAGCAGUCACUGAAGAGCAUUCUAGUAGCAGUGGUGUUCCUGAAGCCUUGGAAACAGACCCCUGGCUGGCAAACUGGGAUCCAACAGUUACUAAUGAUUCCUGGGGGUUUUCUAAUGUGUCAGAUGGCCAAGCCAAUGGACUGGAUAAUUGGCCCUUUUUCCCCAAGCAGCAAGACUCAGAGGAAGGUAACCUGGAAAAGGGUUGGUUAGGAAUUAGUGAUAGAUGGUCUACACAAGACCUAGAAGGGACUGAUAACAGCUGGGGAGAAGUAGGUGUGAGCAUAAGCAACAGAAGUCAGGAGGCACCAGUGAAACAAGGCUUUCCUGGGGAGCAGGCAGGCAUUAACAAUCCUGGACCAAGCAAGGAGAUAGCUAGACCCUUGGCUCUGUUUCAAAUGGGAAAUUCCAGAAAUGCUAGCACCGAGAGUUCAACUAGUCCUAAAGACAAUGAGACCAACAACUCAGAUUUAUCUGAAGAUGAAAUUGCUAACCGGAGAUAUGGAUUGUUGUACCAGGAAAUUGAGGCUGAUAAAGAAGAGGCAUCCAGCACGGCAUUUAAUGGAUUUGCACAGGAUACCUCUGCAUUCACAGUGCAAUCAAAUGAGAAUGUGACAGAGCCUUUGACCGAGGCUGAAGAAGCUCCACCUGGGGAACCCAAGGUCGAGGAAACCCCUGCUGCUGCUGUUGCAGAAAAGGAGGCCGUCCCUGCUGAGCCUGCCGAGCCAGCAGAGCAGGCUGCGGUGGUACCUGUCACCGAGGGGGCUGCAGCAGCAGAAGAUGGUGUGGCUGUGGCAGCAGGAGCUGGUGAUGGUGCUGCCACCACCGAGCAGGAGGGUGUUGCUGAAGGUGACAAACCUCAGGGAGAAGAAAAGGAGGCUGAUGUGUCUCAGGAAAAGGUCAGCAGCAUCCCUUCAGUAGUAAUAGAGCCAGCAUCAAACAAUGAGGGGGAGGGAGAAGAACACGAAGUCGUCGUGAAUGAGUCCAAAGAUGGCACAGCGGAGAUGGGCACUCAGGGCACUGAAACUUCUCCGAGUGAAACUUCUCAAGUUGGAAAUGAGCAGAAACCCACUGAAGAAAUCCAGGCUGCACCUUCUCAAGAUCAGCCAGUUCUAGCAGGAGACACAGCUUCUGCGAUGCCACCUGGCUUUCUCUUUAAGGUUGAAGUUCUACACGAUUUCGAGGCAGCUAACAGUGAUGAGCUUAAUUUAAAACGAGGAGAUAUUGUACUAGUAAUUCCUUCUGAGACCACAGCUGAUCAGGAGGCUGGCUGGUUGACAGGCAUUAAAGAAUCCGAGUGGCUUCAGUACAGAGAUGCAAACAGUUAUAAAGGACUUUUCCCAGAGAACUUCACACGCCAUCUGGAGUAGUUCUCCGCUCAGGCAGACGAACGUGAUACAAAGAUCAGUCAGUAGGUUUUUAACCUCUUUGAAACACAGGAGCCCACCUUUUUGUAGUUUAAACUGUUAAUGGUUUACAGACUGAUGCCAGACAAAGCUUGUUGAAACAUAUCAAAAUGAGCAUGAAUGCAAACAGUUAAGCUAGCAAUCUCUGAAGCAGUACAUGAAAAAAAAAAAAAUCAAAUAAAAAAGAAAUGUCCUUAUUUGUUCACACGUAUGUGGCAACGGGUUUGUUUGUGCUUUGUCAGAGCUAUGGUGAUCCUGUAUUGGUCCUUUCCCAUGAAAUCUGAAAUUAGCCUCCUCAAUACCAAAACCUUAACUUCUCUGCACUAAGUGUAUUGUAUUGAGUUGCACUGCAGAAGAUUUAGUUAUCCUGUAGUAAUGAGGUCAAACUAUUAUGAGUUUCAUGUGUUUAAAAAAGAUAAUUAACUGCUGCAACGUUUUUCAAUGUUAUUUUUGGACAUGCGUAAUAUAUAUACACAGAAGAACUUAAAUGUGUAUAUAUAAGUGCAUAUGGAUAUAUAUGCAUUUUCAUGACUUCAUCGUAGCUCUUUGACUGUGUAGUAUCAUCAGUACAUGCAUUGCUCUUUCACUGUCUGGCAUUACAGGAAACAGUUUUGCUCCAAAGCAAAACUAGCUGCUCCAUUGCCAAAACAUGAUACAGUAUCUGUGUUUGUAAUGUGAAAUUUUCAUUCUGAGAUGAUGAAAAACAUCAUGUUCAAAGCUGCUAAACCUUUGAGAAGGCAUGGCUCAGUCUCCUCCUUCAGCUGCAGUAGUUACAAUGAGAUAACCUGGAGGGGGAGCUGUUAUGAUGCUAAUCUAUACUUUUUUAUUUAAUUGGCUGAAUAAAUUUAAAAAAAGAAACAGAACUAAUCUCUGAGAAAAAAUAAAAACAAUAUAUUUUCACUAUAUGUAUUUAUGCAGCAUAUCUUCACAGAUCCUUUUAAAAUAAGAUAUAUAAUGUAUCCUGUAUCAAAAAGUCAUCUGUAACUUAUGUUUUCCAGUGCUGUGUCAUUAAAAAUAAACCUUUGAUCCAAA